AAUUAAAAUGAUAAUCAGCUGGAGAACUCCUCACCCAAUACCAGCUGGACCUGCUCUUUCAAGUUAGUCAACCAACUAAUCAACGACACCGGCGUAUUAUAGUGGCCAUUUGGGUCUCUGCAAUCUCUGGGCGCAGUACACACCCCACCUUCAAAAGCUUGACCUAUUCCCGUCACUGACCGUUGAUCCAUGACUAAUUCCGAACACCAUGUCCAAAGGAUCGCUUAGAAAGAAAAACCUCAAUAAGCGCCUCAACUCCAAUCCCAAAUCUCCCAUGGCAAUUGGAUCAAUUCAUUCGAGUUUCAGAAGAGGCUCUCUGAUAUUUGCCGUUUUCCUCAUGCUUUGCGUGGUUGUUACACUGGGAAUUUCGUCCAACAUGUGGACCGUGCUCAAGCACGAUGCUGCUUCUCCUGCAAUUUACUCGAUUGAGGUUGUCAAUGAGUUCCCUCAUGAUUCUCAAGCCUUUACUCAGGGACUUGUCUAUGCUGGCAAUGACACCCUGUUUGAGUCAACUGGCUUAUAUGGACGGUCAUCUGUGCGAAAGGUUGCUCUUCAAACCGGAAAGGUCAAUGUUCUUCAACAGAUGGAUAGUUCCUAUUUUGGUGAGGGUUUGACUCUAAUUGGCCGAAGGCUGUUCCAAGUAACCUGGUUGACAGAAACUGGUUUCAUCUAUGACCGUUAUAAUUUAAGCAAAUUCAAGAAAUUUACUCAUCAGAUGAAAGACGGUUGGGGACUCGCAACUGAUGACAAAGUGUUGUUUGGAAGUGAUGGGACAUCAACAUUGUACAAGAUUGACCCACGAACACUGAAAGUCAUCAGUAAAAAUAUCUUAAAAUUUAAUGGCUAUGAAGUACAUAACAUUAAUGAGCUGGAGUUUAUAGAUGGCGAAGUUUGGGCAAAUGUUUGGGGGACAGACUGCAUUGCUAGAAUCUCGCCUGGGGAUGGUAGCAUGCUUGGAUGGAUUCUUCUUCCAGAGCUGAGGGAGAAACUUGUCCGUGCUGGGAAUCAGGAUAUAGAUGUUCUAAAUGGCAUUGCUUGGGAUAGGAGCAGAAAUCGCAUUUUUGUGACUGGAAAGCUAUGGCCGAAGCUUUUUGAGAUCAAGCUGCAACCAAUAAAGAAACAACCUAGUCCCGGGGUCAUUGAGCAGCUGUGCUUGCGGCCUCCAAACAAUUUUGGGAGGCCAUAGACUUAACAUUUGUUCAAAAAUCUUGUUUUAUGCAACAUUGCCUAGAGCGGGACAGGCUGUUUCGGUAUUACAUUAUUACAUCAAGCGAAGUAUGACACUCUGGUGCGACAUCCAUGAAGAAAUUGCACUCGGUUACUCUAUCAUUGACUGAAAUUUUGUAAAAUUUCAUACUAGGAUUAAAAUGAAAUAUUAUCUGAUUGUACAGACAAAUUCAAGUUAAAUAUUGAGACUCUAAAUGGCCGUAGCAAAGUUACAACUCUAUCUUUGGCAUGUAUUUUCUAUGACUAAAUUUUUAUAUUAAUUAUAUAAUAAUAAUGAUUUUCCUUUUUGUUAUAGAAA